AUGGCUCCUUCUGCUACUGAUACUACUACACUAACUUCUUCUACGGACACUACGACCAAUACGGCAGACGCCAAGAUGGUGCUUAGCGAAGCUCCCGCGUCCUACGGUCCCAAUGUCCACAUUUCCAAUCACCCCGUCUUGCAACACAAGAUUGCCGUCUUGCGGUCCUCUGCCACAUCUCAAGACACUUUUCGCUCCACUCUCAAGGCAAUCACGUACCAUUUGGGAUACGAAGCGACGUGCAAUCUCAAGACCAAGGAGAUUCCCAUUUCCGUCAGCGUGGCUGGAAAUGCCAAUCAUCAAGCCGAUUGCUUGGGAAGUCGACUCGAUGAUAAGAUCGCUCUCAUUCCCAUUUUACGAUCGGGUUUGGGCAUGGCCGAUGGCAUGACUGAAUUGCUCCCAAAGGCGGCAGUUCAUCACAUUGGAAUGUACAACUUGCCCCAUGGUCAAGGACCCGUGGUCUACUUCAAUCGAUUGCCGAGAAAGUGUGAUUCGGACAUUGCCUAUGUUCUCGACCCUGAUGUGGCUUCUUCGGCCACCAUGGGGGCGGUCAUUGGUAUUUUGAAAAAGUGGGGAGUCGAAAAGAUUCACGUCAUUUGCGUCAUUUCCAGCCACCAUGGUUUGAAAACUCUGAGUGAGGCUCACCCCGAUGUAGACUUUACCGUCGCCCACGUCGACCCUGUCUUGACCAAGGAUGGUCUCAUCUUGCCAGGAUUGGGGGAUGUUGGUGAUCGUCUCUUUGGAACUCAUACCGUCAUGGAAGAAGAAGAUGAGGAUGAACAGCUCUUGCAUCCAUCCAAGCGUACCCGGACCAAUUCCAAUGCCAGUGAAUUUCAAUAG